CAACCAACCUACCAAACCAGAGCUAGCAUCCAUUCAGGAAGAGGUCCAGUUAGCCAGGCUAGCUAAGAAUCUUUAUAGUACAAAAAUGGCGUCGGUCAACCCGUUUAAUCUCAGUGACUCUGAGGAAGAGGCUGAACGGCGCCCCAAUGAGACAGUUGACACAGAGAGAAGCCCGAGUGACGGGGCUCCAGGGCCUCCGCACGGUAACCCUUUCUCUCCGUCCGCAGACACCGAGCCUCCGAUGCUGUCUAGCAACCGGACCAGCCCCGGCGGUGAGGGCUCGGUGUCGGUAGCGGUUACCUCCGCUAUGGCUGCCGAGACACGGAUAUCUGUGGACGGUAUCGCUGCACAGCUACUGCGGGACCAGUACAUCCUCACGGCCCUGGAGUUUCACACUGAACUGCUGGAGACUGGCAGAGAGCUCCCGAGGUUGAGGGAUUAUUUCUCUAACCCCGGCAACUUCGAGCGACAAAGCGGCACUCCGCCUUCCAAGGACCAGGUACUCGGACCUGGAGGACCCCUAAAUCGAGCCGGCAGCAUCAGCACCUUGGACUCUUUGGACUUUGCCCGUUACUCAGACGAUGGCAACCGAGACUCUGACGAGCGGGUAGUAGUGCUGGAGUUUGAGCUACGGAAAGCAAAGGAGACCAUUCAUGCUCUGCGCGCCAACUUGACUCAGGCAGCAGAAAGCGAAGUGCCCUCUCAGGAGAGAAAAAACUACAAGUCGAGCGCUGAAAUUCAGGAGUCUAUACGUCCGCUGGAGAAAAGAGCCUUAAACUUCCUUGUGAAUGAAUAUUUAUUAAAAAGUGAAUACAAGCUCUCGGCCAUCACCUUCUCUGAUGAAAAUGAUGAUCAGGACUUUGAGUUGUGGGAUGACGUUGGCCUCAACAUCCCAAAACCCCCGGACCUCUUACAGCUCUACAGGAACUGUGGGACCCCCCUCGCCUCUCCUCGGGACACGGCAGAUGUGUCAGUAGGGGUGGAGCUUACCGAUCUUCCAGGAAACUGCAUCGAUCCCCCAAAGAAGCCCGACCUCUCACAUCAGCAACAGACAGAAGUGGUCCAGGAGUUGGAAUACCAGAUAAGUCUCCUCAACACUGAGAAGCAGAGCCUAGCUGAGCAGAUCAAGAAGCUGCAGAGUGAGAUUCAAACACUGAAGAGGACAGUCUCCUACUCACCUCCGUCCUCUCUGGACCUGGGCUCCCAGAAAACAUCCAACCCCUUCUCAACAGACCCUCUCUCUGUGCCUCCUACAGAUAACGGCCAGUAUCUGGACAUCCGAGGGGAUUCAGUGCCUGAAACUAAACAGGACCCCCCAUCUGCUCAGAUCAUUUCACAGCCCCCCACACAGUCCCACAGCAAGCUAAAGAGUCGACCCCCCGUCAAGUUUGACCAGCCUAACAGGAAGUUGUCCCCGGCCUUCCAGCAAGCCCUGCUCUCCUUCUGCAGAAUGUGCACCGACAGUCGCCUGGGAGCAGAGGUGUCCCGUAUAGCCGACAGCGAGGAGAGCGUGAUGUUAAUGCUCGGCCGCUGCCUCCCUCACAUCGUCCCCAACGUCCUCCUCGCUAAACGAGAGGAGUUGAUCCCCCUCAUCUUGUGUACCGCCUGCCUUCACCCAGAGCCUAAAGAGAGAGACCAGCUCCUACACAUCCUCUUUAACCUGAUCAAGAGACCAGAUGAUGAGCAGAGACAAAUGAUCUUGACGGGGUGUGUUGCGUUCGCGAGGCACGUUGGUCCCACGCGUGUCGAGGCUGAACUACUUCCUCAGUGCUGGGAACAGAUAAAUCACAAAUAUCCAGAGAGGAGAUUGUUGGUGGCAGAGUCCUGCGGAGCCUUGGCACCAUACCUGCCUAGGGAGAUCCGUAGUUCCCUGGUUUUGUCCAUGUUGCAGCAGAUGCUCGCUGAGGAUAAGGCAGACAUGGUCAGAGAGGCUGUGGUCAAGAGUCUGGCUAUCAUCAUGGGUUACAUAGAUGACCCUGACAAGUACUCCCAAGGCUUUGAGCUGAUGCUGCUGUCUCUCGGGGACCCCUCAGAGCGGGUGGUCAGUGCCGUCCACCAGGUCUUUAUUCCUGCCUUCGCUGCCUGGACCACAGAGCUGGGCUCACUGCAAAAUACACUAAUCCCUUCUCUGUUGGCACGGAUAGAGAAACUACUUAUGCAAGGAGAGCAUGGUCUGGAUGAACACAAGUUGCACAUGUACCUGUCGGCGCUGCAGUCUCUAAUCCCUCCUCUGUUCGCCGUGGUCCUGCAGAACGCUCCCUUCACCAGCAGAGCACAACUCAACGGAGACAUACCUGCAAUAGAGGUGACCCGGUUUCCCAGGCCAGCUUCUCCCCUCCAGGAUGUGGCUACCAUCAUUGGCAGCAGGGAGAUGCUCAGUGCGCUGCUGCUGCUCUACGACUACCAGCUGGAGCAGGAGGGAACCACCGGGUGGGACAGCCUGCUCUGGGUGGUCAACCAACUGCUUCCACAGCUCAUAGAGAUCGUGGGUCGCAUCAACGUGUCUUCCCCGACCUGCGUACAUGAGUUCUCUCGAUUCUUCUGGAGGUUAUGUCGCACCUUCGGCAAGAUUUUCACCAACACUAAGGUCAAACCACAGUUCCAAGAGAUCCUCCGACUAUCUGAAGUUGAUGUUGAUACUUCUUCAGCGAACGAUAUUCUCUGCAAAGCCACGGUCCCCAUCUAUGCCACUGGAGUUCUGACGUGUUAUAAUCAGGAUGAGGAUCGCAAGUUGCUGGUGGGUUUCCUAGAGGAUGUCAUGACGACCCUGUCUCUGUCCCGUGCACCUCUGGACAGUUUAAAGGCCUCCUUUGUAGAGCUGGGCGCCAACCCAGUGUACCAUGAGCUGCUGCUCACUGUGCUGUGGUACGGGGUGGUGCACACCUCUGCACUGGUGCGCUGUACUGCAGCACGGAUGUUUGAGUUGGUUCUCCGAGGCAUGAGUGAAGCAUUAGUAGAUCGCCGUGCGGCUCCGGCCCUUAUUACUCUGUGCAGUGGGCCUGAAUUCUCAGUGAGGAUAUCCACUAUCCCUGCCUUUGGGACCAUCAUGGAGACGGUCACACAGAAAGAGCUGCUGGAGCGUGUCAAAAUGCAGCUGGCGUCCUUCCUGGAAGACCCUCAGUACCAGGACCAGCACUCUCUGCACAUAGAGAUCAUCCGGACCUUUGGAAGAGUCGGUCCUAACGCAGAGCCACGCUUCAGAGAUGAGUUCGUGUUGCCACAUCUUCACAAGCUGGCGUUGGCUAACAACAGCCAGACGACGGAGAUAAAGAGGAUCGACGUCGCCACGCAGCUGUUUGAGGCCUACAGCGCCCUCUCCUGCUGCUUUAUUUCUGAGGAGGUGAUGGUCAACCACUUCCUGCCGGGCCUCAGGUGUCUCCGGACUGACAUGGAACAACUCUCACCUGAGCAUGAGGGUAUUCUGAGUUCCAUGAUCAAAGAGUGUGAAAUCAAGAUUGAAAACAGAGGAAUGGCAGACGCACAAGGCUCAAUGUCCAUUGCCUCCAGUUUGGUGGGCGAGGAUGCCAAGACCAAGUUCCUGAGCAAGAUGGGUCAGCUGACCACGUCUGGAGCCAUGCUGGCCAACGUCUUCCAGAGGAAGAAGUGAUCUCUACACUGACGACCCCCUGCUGGCUUCGGGAGCUUUUCAUUCUACUGGAAAAAACAUUGGUUCAGCUUAAAGUAGACAUGUAUUGUUUUUUCAAUCUCAAGAAAUGAAGGUUUGCUGAAAGUUGUGUUGGUUUAAAAUCAGUGCAGCAAAUACUUAAAGCUGAAAAUCAAUGUUUUUUUGCAGUGAACGGUUUUCCCUCUGCUCAUAUUCUUCUACUUAAUCAUGGCGAUGGCAUCGUCCAGGACGAGGGAUUUGCUUUUAUGAAUCAGAGUUGUCAACAUUGUCAUUUCAGAAAGAGGAGAAGGACUGAAGGACAGUGUAGGGAUGCACCCAAAGUGAAGGGUUCCUGGACGUUUCUGGACUUGAAAGUAUGAAUUUAAGUUGAUUUCAGUGCAGUACUUCCUGUAUCAGAAGAGCUUCACUCAUCUCUGAGAAACUCUGAGCACGGCCUGCUGGAUUUAAUUUAGAAUUUCAAACGGCAGUUGUGCGAUAGAUGCACUGACUUGCAUUUGUUGUAGAAUAAUGAUUCUAAUUGACAACAAAACGGCUCUGCCUUGUACAGUGUAUCUGUACUACUCUGAAGUAUUGCAUACUUGAAGCUAUAAAUCUUAUGUCUUGCCUUUAUUUCAUCAGUCUGUCACUGUUUUUUUGUUUUGACAGGUUCUGUUUUAUAACUUAUUUAUGUCUUAAUGAAAAAAACCUUAUUCCAACUUCCAAAGAAAUUUGCACUUCACUUGUUCUUUAUUAUAUACACUAUAUAUAUAUUUGUUUUAAUUCAGAGUCUUAUACAUAAUGAACAUUAUCACUACUGUUGUUGGAUUUAUUUUAUCCGUUUUGGCAAUGUGAAGUUGAAGAGAACACUGACCUUGUUAUUCCCUCAGUCCGUUGCAUCUUGUCUGUGUUGCAGUGUCUCUGAUAUUUUUUUUUUUUUCUAAACUGGGUAUUUGGUUCUAUUUUUUGUUGUUCUUUUUCAAUAUGCUCUACGAGAAACGGUAAAUAACUGUAUCAUACACUGAACUAAAGAGGAUGGUACUCAUUAUGUAUAUUUGAAAUCGGUGUCAUGGUUUAAUAAAAAAUGGACAUGAGUUGUGUACUUAAA